AUGCCAGAGAUUAUUUCUGAUAAGAAUUUGCCCAAACUGCUCGACACUCCUGUAAAGCAGGCCGAAUGGGCACAGAAGCUGGUUCUCGAGCACUUAGGCAGAAUGUUCAGUCGGACCCUAUUCGUUACCUUUGCCGACAGUGGUGUAGUGGCUCACUUGUCCCUGACAUUAAGGCACUCACUCCCUAGCGAGGAGUUAGAGAGCGCGGGUGCCUGGGCAUACUCACUUAGUCGGAAGCCAUCGCUUGGUCGCGUCUUUUCGAAAGGCUUCCUCGCCGGUAGUAGUCGUGAAGCUGCCGAAACCAAGCUCCGGCCGCAUUUAGAGGCCAUCUGGGCGUCACCGCUGGAAGAAGUUGUUGCUCACUAUAAUCUAAACGAGGUCAACGUACUCAUUAAUAAACAAUAUGAAGUCACCGGUCUGAUCGACUGGGAAAUGUCCACGCCGCUCCCAUUUAGGGUUGGUUUCGGCCGCAUUCACUCGAUUGGAAAAUUCCAAAUGCCCGAUAAGUUUAAAACGGCGGAAAGGGGCUUUUGGUCCAAACUUUUCAACGGAAUGCCUAAGCAUAUUCCAACGAGCCUAGAUAAGCGCAUUAACCUAGUGGUUGGCCGAGUUACCUUAAAGGCCCUCCCAAAACUAUUGACCUAUCGAAUCCCUUUUAUCCGAGGACAAGAAUAGCCAUAUAGCUGUUGAAGUUAUAAAAUAAAUACUGUAGUCAACUGAAUAGGUAGAGACCUAGCCACAGAAUUAUACUAGACCUUGAAAUCUAGUCCUCUGCACUUGGGAAGAGUAACAUGCCUACGACACAGCUGCUGGACAGCUUUUACCAGAAUGUUGUUGAACCACAAACCGAGAUAUGCGCAUCCAGAGGCCAAAGCGUGCAUUGUGAUUUGCAUGUACUUGUUGACAGAAAAAUAAUAAUUAGUACUUGUAAACCACCUCCCAUCGCUAACCAAGGACUUUCCUGAUUUACCAG